UACUACGGCAGCGGGGACGCUUAGUCCGGGCCUGAGCCCAUUUAGAGACCGAUGAUCCUCCCGUCCUUUGCAUGGCACCCAAGAAAGACAAAGGCUGGACGGCGAGCACGAAUUCUAAGACAUGGGAACCCUCGCUCAUCGCUGCACACUUCAAUCAGAACGAUUGGAAGGGCUCCGUCGCUUUUGUAGUUGGAAACCGGAUUGAGGACGAUCUUCUCAUUCGAGCCCUCACUCUUGCUGUCCAGGCCCCUCAGCGUAAACUCUUCAGUAUGGUAUCAUGGCAAGACAUUCUCCAGCAGAUCGACGAAACAAAUACACUUCUUGGAACUGCAUCUAAAAAGGCAAAGAAACCUCUAGGCGGUGGUACUCCCUUAUAUUAUGAGGUGUUAAUAGCAGCAAAGGCAAUUAUGGACAGUGGAGAGAAAUUAACCUUGCCACUGAUAGGGAAACUCUUGAAAUACCAGCUUCUCCAGAUUAAAUUUAAGGACCAACAGCGACGGGAAAACGAAAAAAAGGUGAUAGAAGACAGACUUAAGACAGAAAAGGAUAAAGGGAAAGUGAAAUCUCCCAAGGAGAAGAAGGCCCCAAGUGCCAAGGUUGCCAAAGGAAAGGGAAAGGAUCAGCCUGAGUCAAACACAACAGUGAAAAAGACCACCCAGUUACAACAGAGGGGAGAGGAAGAUGACACCAAACGUUACAUUGACGAUGAGCCAGAUGAUGGUGUCCAGCAUUACAUUAUAGUUGUGGGCUUCAACGAUCCUCAGCUAUUAGCGAUUAUGACUGAGCUUGGCAUUCCCAUAAGCAGCGUGAUUAAAAUAUCUUCAGAGAAUUAUGAACCUCUGCAGACACACCUGGCAGCAGUUAGCCAGCAGCAGGAAGUUUUUCUUCAGCCAGAAGAUAUAGAAGCUGAAAAAUUGAAGCAAGAGAAUGCCAUAAAAGAACUUGAAAUUUUCUGGAAGUACUUGGAACCAAUCCUGAAUAAUGAGAAACCUGAAACAAAUCUCUUUGAUGUUGCUCGACUUGAAUACAUGGUCAAGGCAGAUGACUUUCCGUCCGACUGGUCAGACAAUGAGAUGAUGCUGGUAUUGGGCACUGAUAUUUUUGAAAAUAUUGCCUGUUUGAUGUACGACAGCCUGGACUGGAAAAGGCAGCACCAACACUAUUUGGAAAAUAUGCAGCUCAUUAAUGUCCCACAAGUGGUUAAUGAGAAACCUGUCUUAGAAGCUGUAGCCAUUGCUGAGGCUCCACAAGCUGUUGCUCCAACCUCUGGAAAGAAGAAAGCACAUAAUGAAGAACCGCAAGCCCCACCAUCAGUGACUUGCGUCAUCACAACUGAGGUAGACAUGAGAUACUACAAUGAUUUGCUGAAUCCGAUUCCAGAAGAAUUCAUUUCUGUGCCCCUGAUACUGCAUUGUAUGCUGGAACAGGUUGUGGCAACUGAAGAAGACCUUGUCCCACCCAGUCUGGUGGAGCCACCUCCCAGAGCAGAUGGAUUGGACCACAGAAUCGCAGCUCACCUUGUGUCCAUCCUGCCCUCUCUCUGCCUCACGGAGAAGGAGAAAAAGAAUCUCCAUGAAAUAUUUUUAUCUGAAGAAGAAAACAAAAACAAAGCAGUGCCCAAAGGCCCUCUCCUACUGAACUAUCAUGAUGCACAUGCCCACAAGAAGUAUGCACUAAAGGACCAAAAGAAUUUUGACCCAGUUCAAAUUGAGCAGGAGAUGCAGUCCAAGUUGCCACUGUGGGAAUUCCUUGAAUUCCCUCUGCCCCCACCAUGGAACAGCACUAAACGUCUAGCUACAAUUCAUGAGCUCAUGCACUUUUGUACAAAUGAAGUCUUGAGCUGGAAUGAAGUAGAACGAGCCUUCAAAGUGUUUACGUUUGAGAGCCUGAAACUCUCUGAGGUUGAUGAACAAGGGAAACUAAAGCCUUCUAGGAUGAUGUACGGGACAGAUUCUGAGAUGUUCAACAUACCGUGGGACAACCCUGCCAGAUUUGCUAAACAGAUAAGGCAACAACACAUCACGAAAAUGAAUAUGAAUACCCAAGAGGUCAAACAAGAAACAGAUAUUGAAACCAAAGACAGAAUUUUAUUUGUGGAUCAGAAUUUGCCACUGUCUGUGCAAGAUGAUGAGAGCAAUAAAGAACCUUCAGAUCCAAGUCAGGCUGAUGCUAACAAUAUGAGGAAUUCUGACUCGAAUAAUAAAAAACUCCUAAACCCUGAUGAUAGCAAGUUGUCAGAGCAGGAGACCAGCUUGAAGACUCUGUUCGAAUCUGAGCCUUUGGAGCAAACCACGAGCAGUGAGAUCAAAGAUGAAGCAGUCACAAAGGCUGAUCCUCUUGAAAAGAAAUCCAAGAAGAUGACUGUGGAAGCAGAGUUAGAGGACAUAAAGAAAACACAGCAACGCAGCCUAAUGGACUGGAGUUUUACUGAGCAUUUUAAACCAAAAGUUCUGCUUCAGGUUCUUCAAGAAGCCAGUCAGCAAUACAGAUGUAUUGAUUCUUACUACCACACCCAAGACAACUCUUUACUCUUAGUCUUUCAUAAUCCAAUGAAUUUACAACGUCUGCAUUGUGAAUAUUGGAAUGUUGCUCUUCACUCCAAUGUUGGAUUCAGGAAUUACUUGGAACUUGUUGCACAAUCAAUUCAAGAUUGGAUCAUAAAAGAAGAAGCUAUAUAUCAGGAAACUAAAAUGGCUGAGGAAAUCGCUAGGAGCAAGCUUGAACUGGAAUUGACAUCUUCUGCUAAUGCCAAAAUUGCUUCUCCUAACAAAAUUUAUUCUGUUAAAAAAUCUAAAAAUAACAAAGGAAUGAGCAAAACAGAGUUAUCAGAUCAAGAAAAAGAGAAAGAGAAAGAGAAGGAAAGGAUUCCUUUCAUUUUAGAAGGCUCUCUCAAGGCAUGGAAAGAAGAACAAGAUCGAUUAGCAGAAGAGGAACGCUUAAAGGAAGAAAAAAAAGCAGAAAAAAAGAAUAAGGAAGCUGGUAAAAAGAAAGGCAAGGAAAAGGUAGAGAAAGAAGAUAGUAGGCUUUUGAAGAAAAAAUCUUUUUUCAAGGAGAACGCGAAAGAAGAGCAAAUCAGGGACCCAGAAGUAACAGAGGAGCCCCUCCAGCAACCGGAACCUCAGAUAGUUUACCCGUUUCGUGGAUACAAUAUGGGAGAUAUACCCGUCCAAAUCUCAGGAACAAAUUGUUAUCUAUAUCCUUCAGAUGGAGGGCAGAUUGAAGUAGAAAAGACGACAUUUGAAAAAGGCCCAACUUUUAUCAAAGUGAGAGUGAAAAAGGACAAGCACAGUUUUAUAAUUCAUUUAACAGACCCUAAGAAAAUUGUGAGAAAGGAAAAAGAAGAUGACGAUUAUUCUUUAGACGAUGAAGAAGAUGAAAGAGAGGAAGAACAAAAUCUUGAAACAAAAGAGUCAGAUGUGGAGAAUAAAGCUGUCAGCAAGUUUGGAUCUUUUUCUGCCACCUUGGAAAAUGGAAUCUGCCUCUCAAUAAGUUACUACGGAUCAAGUGGAAUGGCACCAGAGGAUAAGGAUCCUAAUUUGGAAGCAAUGUUGAAUAUCCCAUCAGCACUUACUCCAACAGUAAUUCCUGUUAUAGUCACUGUCCCUCAAGGCAAAGCAAAAGGGAAAACAAAAGGCAAAGAAAAGCCCAAAGAAUCUCUUAAAGAAGAGGAACACCUGAAAGAAGAAGAGAAAAAGGAAGAAGUAGAAACAGAACCUGUUUCACAAGAGACUUUUUAUGUUCCCACCUUCCGAAACCUAAAUGUGUCCUGCCCCAAUGGGCUCCUAGUGACCUUCAUUGGGCAAGAGUCUACAGAUCAAUAUGUUAUAGACGAGGAACCCGUGUGGGACAUCAUGGUCCGACAGAGCUACCCCCAGAAGGUGAAACACUAUGAGUUCUACAAAACGGUGAUGCCACCCGUGGAGCAGGAGGCAUCGAGAGUUAUCACCAGUCAAGGCACUGUUGUCAAAUACAUGUUGGAUGGAUCCACACAGAUUCUCUUUGCAAAUGGUGCUGUGAGCAGUAGUCCCGAUUCAGGUCCUGUUUGUCCUCCUGCUGAAAUGCCAGCAAGCCCUCAUAGCGGAGACUUGAUGGACACAAUUUCUCAGCAAAAAUCAGAAACAGCACCGUCUGAGAUUGUCAUCACAAAGAAAGGAAAAGGUCACAAAAGUCAGUCAGCAAUGGCACAUAAGAAUGAAAUCCAGGAACCUCCCCCAGAGGUAGUUCAAACGGUCACUCCUGUGGAGGUUCAUGUAGGCACCUGGUUUACAACUACACCUGAAGGAUAUCAGAUUGGCACCAAAGGAUUAGAAAGAAUGGCAGACUUGGCCCCAUUUUUAUCCUUUCAGGCCACAGAUCCUGUCAAUGGAACGGUUAUGACAACUCGAGAGGACAAAGUGGUCAUUGUUGAAAAGAAGGAUGGUACUCGGAUCGUGGAUCAUGCUGAUGGUACCAGAAUCACAACGUUUUAUCAAGUUUAUGAAGAUCAUAUUAUUCCUCCAGAUGAUCAAGGAACAACCGAGGGUCCUCGGACUGUCACCAGGCAGGUGAAGUGCAUGCAGAUAGAAAGCUCACACUAUGCCACUGUCAUCACCAACUGCGAGGACAGUAGCUGCUGUGCCACCUUUGGGGAUGGGACGUCUAUUAUUGCAAAGCCACAGGGAACAUACCAGGUGUUACCUCCAAACACAGGCUGUCUUCAUAUUGAUAGGGACUGUUCAGCUAUAUAUUGCCAUGAAUCAAGCAGUGAUAUAUACCAUCCUUUCCAAAAACGUGAGCAGCUGCGAACUAGCAGGUACAUCAUGAAGCACACAUCAGAGAUUAUCUGUGAGGUCCUGGAUCCUGAGGGAAACACCUUUCAGGUCAUGGCUGAUGGUAGCACAUCAACUCUGCUACCUGAAAACAGCUUGGAAGAUGAUCUAAAUUCAAAAACUGAAGGCUAUGAUACUUUAUCAUCUAUUCACCUUCAUAAAAAUCAUCUGCAAAUCUAUGGUGAACAUGUCCCCAGGUUUUUUGUUAUCUAUGCCGAUGGGUCAGGAAUAGAACUUCUUCGAGACAGUGACAUAGAAGAAUACCUAUCCUUGGCAUAUGGAGAAUCAACCACUGUAGUUCUUCAGGAACCAGUACAAGAACAGCCGGGUGCCCUGAGCAUCACUGUCCUUCGCCCUUGUCAUGAAGCAUCACCAUGGCUAAUGAAGAAAGAAUUAGAUACAAUUGUUCCUCCCAAUCUCCAGUCAAGAUCAUGGGAGAAAUUUCCCUCAGUUGAGAAAAAAACUCCAGGACCUCCCUUUGGCACUCAGAUUUGGAAGAGCUUUAACACUGAGCCCAAACAGCUAGCGAGUGCCCCAGCCCCUAUACUCAAGAGCCCAGAAGUGUUACAGAUACGCCAGUUCAUCCAGCAUGAGGUCAUAAAGGAUGAGGUGAAACUGAAGCUUCAGAUUUCCCUUAAGGAUUAUAUAAACCAUAUUCUAAAGAAAGAAGAUGAGCUACAAGAAAUGACAGUGAAAGAUUCCAGAACUGAGGAGGAGAGAGGCAACGCUGCAGAUCUCCUCAAGCUCGUUAUGUCUUUUCCUAAAAUGGAAGAAACUACAAAAAGUCAUGCUACUGAAGUUGCAGCCCACUUAAUCGAUUUAUUCAAGCAAUCUUUGGCUAUUGCUCCAGAACGUCCACCAGAAACAUUUGGUACAGAUUUCUUGGAAAAGAGAUGGUGGCACACAGCAGAAGGAAAGCGCUGGAAAGAAAAGUUAGAUAAAAAGAGGAAGGAAAUUGAAAAAACACAGAAUUAUCUAACGGAAAUUCGGAACAGAGUAUUAUCUCCCUACUUCAAAUCAGAAUUGAGCACGUUAUAUCAGUCUCAGUUUAAUUAUCUAGACACCCUUUCCAAAAAGUUGCCUCCUUUCACAAAGAAAGAUGAAGAUGCAAACAAAACAGCUGUUCAAACUACAUCCAAUCUUCAGCCAGAUUCUCAGCCAAAUAAAGUUUCAGAACAGGAAUCCUCGGACACACUUAAUCUUCCAAAAUCAGAGAGUUUUGUGGAUGUCAAGGAGUUCGCUAACCAGAACCAAACUGAAAAUUUAACAAAAUCUACUGAAGAACCAGAAACGUAUGGACCUGUGAAAAUUCCAACCCAGUCAUUGCUGCAGGAUGUCGCAGGACAAGCAAGGAAAGAGAAAGUGAGGUUACCUCACUAUUUGCUGAGUUCCAAGCCCAAGUCUCAACCUCUCACAAAGGUGGAGGAUUCUGUUGGAGGAAGAGUGAAAACAUCCUCUGUUGCUUCUGCUGCCAUUAAUAACGCAAAUUCAUCCCCUUUUGGAUUCCACCUUCUCCCAUCGUCAGUGAAGUUUGGAGUGCUUAAAGAAGGCCAGACCUAUGCAACCACCGUAAAGCUCAAGAAUGUUGGCGUGGACUUCUGCAGGUUUAGGGUGAAGCAGCCUCCACCCAGCACAGGACUGAAAGUGACCUACAAACCUGGGCCUGUGGCAGCCGGUUUGCAGGCAGACCUGAAAGUGGAGCUAUUUGCCAUGGCUAUGGGAGAGGACGGUGCCAAGGGAUCAGCACACAUCUCUCACAAUAUUGAGAUUAUGACCGAGCAUGAUGUCCUGUUCUUACCUGUGGAAGCAACAGUUUUAACAAGCAGCAAUUAUGAUAAGAGAUUAAAAGAUUUUCCCCAGGAAAAAGAAAAUCCCACGAUCCAGAGGAUUUCUACAAUUUCUUCCUCUACACUUGGAGUCUUCAUGUCUCGUAAAGUUUCUCCUCAUUAGGUCCAUUUCUUCUCGGUAUAGCUCAACAGCCUCCAUGAUCCUCUCAGCCUACACAGAUGGCGAUAAAGGACAGAAAUCAUCACAACGCACUCCAUCAUACCACAACACUGCAACUGGAAGGUCUGACUAGAAAUUUACCAAAUAAAAUAGCUUGAGUCAGUUUAAUAAAGAUGUGCCAACAGAAUGCCAACAGCAUUUAAAGACGUCUUUGGUUUUUCUUUUCUUUUUCUUUAAUUUACAGGGAGGAGACUAUGUGUCACGGAUUCAGGUAAGACCAUAUGUGGACACCUUGAGAGCAGCUCCCAGCAACACUUGAAAGGUGCUACUUUCAGGAGAUCAAGCUUUCCUUUCUAGAAACCAUGUACUGAUUAAACAGAUUCAGCACUACUCUUGUCCUUGGUUACAAGGGAGGAAAACAUAGGUUAUGAUCCCCAUCUAUAAAUUUCAUGAAAUUUUUCCCACAAAACGGCUAUUUGGUUGAUAAAGGCUUUUAAUAAAAAGUCGGGAUGCUACUGAAAAAUGAGAUACUAUAUUCUAUA